AAGUUCUUGGACGUUGUGGUCUUCGUGUUAUGUUUCCGUGUCGGUUCCGGGGAAAUGAGAUGGAGGGCUGGGUGAAGAAGAUGAGAAGAUUCGACCUCUUGGAGAAAGAUUUUAAGAUGUCGGGAGUUCUGGAAAUUUUUUUGCGGGAGCCAAAUAUUCAGGAAUGUAUCUGGAAAUGCGACAUCAACCAGCAUAAAAGCGGAGGAUGCGACGGAGUCAACUACAACCCCAAGAUGGGGGAUUGUGAACUGGUUGCAAGUGGUUCCAGUGGCCUCAUCCCUGAGAGCGGCUGGUUGGCCUACUCAAGCCUCCACCAUCGGAAAUACAAUAUGGUAGUGGAGUGGGUGAAGGCGAGCCGAGGCGAAUACCCAUUCGGAGCCGUGGAGUGUGGGAAGACGUCCAGCGGAGAGAUCCUCUACGUGCUGGUGAAUCGCACCAAGGGCAACCUAGAUUGGGUGGCAUCAUCGUCCGUCCCAGCAGGGGCCCUGAAGGGAGGACGCGUGACCAAUGCGGACGUCCUCUUCAUCUGCAGGGCCUGGCUAAAUCAGAAUCUCCUCUGCGGCAAGGCAAGUUGCGAGCUUCGGUUUCUUCCCUUUCCGUCCCCGCGGCGAAAGAAGGAAGUGAAGUAG